AUGAAGCCCGCUAGCCCUGCCCGCAUGGCUUCUGCCGAGCUGCGAGCCACCGUAUCGACGCUGCCAGUGUACGAGCAUCAGAGUAGCAGCAGCGACAGCGACAGCGACGUCGAACACUCCACCAAAAGCGCCAAAACGGAGCAAAAAAGACGCAAACGAUCAACAAACUCCAAGUUCUUGCUGCUUCCGCGCUCGUCCAGCCUCGCGUACGAGCCACGCAGGCCUCUCGCAGAGACUGGGGACCCUUGCAUGCUCGCUGCAAGUGAGAGCGACGAAGUGACGAGUCUAGACGCGUUGGAACCAGAGAAACCCGAGCAGAAUCCGAACCAGGAGCCCGUGGACAUUGUCCCCGUUUACGACUCCUCGUCAUCUAUCUCCGGGCUGGAGCAAGUCUCUACAGCCGAGAAUGAGUCUAAAAGCCUCGUUAAACGAGAAGAUCUAAGACCUCCCAAGAGACCCGGCUUACCGGAAGUCACAAGCAGCAUAGGAGAGAAUAGCGAUAAAGGAGGACCCACAAGAUGGAAACAAGUGCCCUACGCCUGGAUGCUGGCCAAAGUGGGGCAGAAGACGCGGCAGAAGAUCGGAGAUAUCCGGAACUCGUACUUUGCAGGGUGGUUGGUGGCCUGUUCGUUGUUUGUGGUGCUCUUGAACACAUUUGCUAUCGCUAUAGUGCAGCUCACAUACAACCCACAAGAGAGCGCCGGAGAAGACGCCGAAUCCCGCCGACAGUGCCGGCAUUGGCUCAAAUUGCUCAUGACGAUGCACUUUUUAGGCCUCCCGAACAUUUUACUGAUCGCGCCGGUGGUUUUCCCCAACGAUUUCUUCUCGCUGUAUCGAGCCAAAGACAAGCGGAUGAUUCGGCGUCCGUAUCUGCUGUUCUGCGAGAUGAUCGUGGCCAUCCAACUGGGUUUUAUGAUGUACGUGGCGGUGAACCAGCUGCUGAACGUGCCGGUGAUUGUUGACUGCCACAGCCAACUGAAGCCACGCCAGAUCGUGUUAUUCUACUCGGCCACCGUGCUGUGGCUCGUGCUUCUCCGUCAGAUCGUCGUGUUCUGUCGCUUUUUGACGCAUUUGAAGCUCCAAGCCGACAGUUCCAACGAUUCUUCCCAUACGUCAGCGUUCGGCAACCGGUUCCGAGCUCUGAAGAAGAUUCCGAUCCGCAGUGAACGCACGAGACUCGAGAAAGAGUUCAAGAAACUGCUGUAUCGCGCAGUGGCUCGUGGGGACGUACUUACAGUCGAAACGCUGCUAUCGGAGGCGGAAGUCAAGUACCGGAUCAACCGACUGCAGGAUCUAUACAAACCUCCAGUCUUGUGGCUCUACGCGUGCGCAAAGUCAAGGAAGAACCCGCUGCAUAUCGCCGUCAAGAGAGGCAAUAUCCGGAUCGUGGAGCUGCUUCUCGCACACGGUUUGGACGUCAACGUGCUGGAUAAAGUGGUGCGCGUGAACUUCAACGUCGGGUUGGUGUUCAAGAUCAUCAGUCGCAUCCUGGUACGUACCCAGGACGGUCUCCGAUCUCCAUUAAAAGCAGUUCUAUGCUCCGUAUUGCUCCCUCCACUGCACGGUGCGGUGGCGGAAGGCUACGUUGAUAUCGUGCGACUACUGAUCAGCAAAGGAGCCGACGUGAAUGCGCUGCCUCGAGCCUCGUUCUACUACCCUGCAGCUGUUCUGCCGCCGAUCUUCGUGGCAGACGACCCACAAGUGCUGCGUUUACUGGUAGCGAAUGGCGCCAACUUUCUCCAAGUCGCGUCGGUGGCGCUCACGGGACUGAUACGCACAUAUGCCACGCCGUUACAGCAGAGUACCUUCACAUUACGAUCGGAUCUAAGCGACUACUUGCUGGAGUGUGGCGGCGACGUGGCGUUGACGCCACUGCAUCAAGCAGCAGCCACGGACAACGUGGGGAAGAUCAAGUGGCUUGUAGCGCGUGGUAUCCGCGUAGACACCUUAGGAGAACGAGUUAAUGGUGUGCAUCGUCGAACGCCGUUGCAUUGGGCUGCUGUGGUCGGGAAGGUGAAUGCGGCGAAGCUGUUACUGAAGAAGGGGGCGGACCCGAACGCUAAAGACCGCGAUGGACGCACGCCGCUGCAUUGGGCAGCCAGGAACAACCACGACGAGGUGGUGUCGUUGCUACUAGCGUACAACGCGCAGCCGGGCGCCGCUGACGACGAAGGGGUCCCAGUCGUGUGCUUUGCAGCUGAAGCGGAGGGCGUGGAGUCGUCGAUCUUCUCCAACUUGGUGGCAGCUGGCGCGAGUCUUCGAACGCAAGUGACGGGGGGCAACACGGCGCUGCAUAUCGCUUUACAACGAGAGAACAGACAGACCGCCGUGUCGUUGAUUAAAUGCGGAUCCAGUAUGAUGAUCACGAACGAUAUCGGGAAGCGCGCCGUGGACUGCACGACGUCGACGGAGCUGCAGUUUCUGCUCAAGAAAGAAGCCGGGACGCGCAAGAUCAUGAUCUCGUACACGCAUACACACGCGCAAUUCGCGUCCAAAGUGCGCGAGUAUCUGGAGACGCAGGAACAACUGACAUGCUGGAUGGAUACGAUGGAUCCCAGCGGCAUUGGAGGCGGCGCAGUGUGGCGAGAGGAGAUCGCACGAGGGAUUUAUAACUGCUCACUGGUGUUGAGUAUUGUGUGUGAUGGCUACACGAAAUCCGAGUGGUGUUUGAAGGAACUGGCACUCGCCAAGCUGCUGCGUAAACCAGUACUCGGUCUCAUAGUGGAAGAAGAUCAUCCGGCAUCCAUGGCAUCUCUGGAGUCCCUUAUCCCGUACAAGAACCGCAUCCCGUUUAAUGAUUUUAUCAUCGAGAGACGACACGAGAGUCCUCGGACGGUGAUCUUUGAUAUCGACGACGCUGCGUUUGCCAGACGCUGGCAAGUGACGCGUUCACUGAUGAUUUCAAUCAUGAAGGACGGACGACAGUUGGAUAAGGAGGAGCGGGAGAACGUGGCGUCUAUUAUCCCUCGACGAAGACGACGUCGUCGUAAGCAAAGACUUGCCGCUAUCGGACAGAGUGGAGAUAUCAGUAGCACGGAUGAGGAAGGUGCGCCGUCUGCAUCGAACAGUGGCCCGUUGCCUGUGCUUAUUCACUCCCCACUUGGAGCUGCGAGCUCUCUACGUAUACGAGUGAGGACAGAUCUCGAAGGGUUUGGCUUGUCGUGUCGCGAUCUGGAUGAGACGCGUCUAGUGCAGCAGAUGAGCACUUGCAAAGCUGUGGUGCUGCUUGUUGAGGUGCCUGCUUCGUCAGGAGAGAGAGGGUCGGAGGAAGCCAAGGCGGACAGACUUGUGCGCAAGCAGCUGGUCGCUUCCAUGGCGCGCAUUGUGACGGCAGCGCAGACGGUCAGUCCGCGGAGAAGCGUCUACCCUGUGCUCGUUCAGCACAACUUCCUCGACCUCAGUAAGAUGUAUACGCUCGCUCGCUCGGAGCUCUUUUAUUUCGUGGAUGGAGGCGGCUGGUCUCGCAGUGUCGGGCGAUUGGUGGAUCAUCUUCGACUAAAACAGGAACGGACUAGCAGCAAUGGAAUCGUGAACGGGUAG